AUGAAAGAGAAGUCAAAAAAUGCUGCCCGGACUAGACGGGAGAAAGAAAACAGUGAAUUUUAUGAACUGGCUAAAUUACUACCCCUGCCCUCAGCUAUCACCUCUCAGCUGGACAAAGCAUCCAUAAUCAGACUCACCACCAGCUAUUUAAAAAUGAGGGUGGUUUUUCCAGAAGGACUUGGAGAAGCCUGGGGCCACUCCAGCCGAACCAGCCCGCUGGAUAACGUUGGACGAGAACUGGGAUCCCAUCUUUUGCAGACGUUGGACGGUUUCAUAUUUGUCGUGGCUCCGGAUGGCAAGAUCAUGUACAUCUCGGAGACUGCCUCGGUGCACCUGGGCUUGUCGCAGGUAGAGCUGACCGGCAACAGCAUUUACGAGUACAUCCACCCCGCCGACCACGACGAGAUGACGGCGGUGCUGACGGCCCACCAGCCCUACCACUCGCACUUUGUGCAGGAGUACGAGAUCGAGAGGUCCUUCUUCCUGAGGAUGAAGUGCGUCCUGGCCAAGAGGAACGCGGGCCUGACCUGCGGGGGCUACAAGGUCAUUCACUGCAGCGGGUACCUGAAGAUCCGCCAGUACAGCCUGGACAUGUCCCCCUUCGACGGCUGCUACCAAAACGUUGGCUUGGUCGCCGUGGGCCACUCGCUGCCGCCCAGCGCCGUGACGGAGAUCAAGCUCCACAGCAAUAUGUUCAUGUUUCGGGCCAGCCUGGACAUGAAGCUCAUAUUCUUAGAUUCCAGGGUAGCUGAGCUAACAGGUUACGAGCCCCAGGACUUGAUAGAGAAGACCCUUUACCACCACGUCCAUGGCUGUGACACCUUCCACCUGCGGUGCGCGCAUCACUUGUUGCUGGUGAAAGGGCAAGUGACCACCAAGUACUACCGCUUCCUGGCCAAGCACGGCGGCUGGGUGUGGGUGCAGAGCUACGCCACCAUCGUGCACAACAGCCGUUCGUCCCGCCCGCACUGCAUCGUCAGCGUCAACUACGUCCUCACGGAUACUGAAUAUAAAGGACUACAGCUCUCCCUGGAUCAGGUCACUGCUACCAAGCCGGCAUUCUCUUACGCAAAUACAACUCCGACCAUAACGGAUAAUAGAAAGGGAAGCAAAUCUCGCCUCUCGAGCACAAAGUCAAAAUCAAGGACAUCACCAUACCCACAGUAUUCUGGGUUUCACACUGAGAGAUCCGAGUCUGACCACGAGAGCCAGUGGGGUGGGAGCCCCCUGACUGAUACAGCUUCUCCCCAGCUACUGGAGCCCACAGACAGACCGAGCUCCCAGCACCAUGAUGUCUCCUGUGCCUACAGACAGUACUCAGACCGCAGUGCGCUCUGCUACGGUUUUGCACUCGACCACUCCAGGCUGACUGAUGACAGACAUUUCCAUACUCAGGCCUGUGAAGGCGGCAGAUGUGAAGCUGGCCGGUAUUUCCUCGGCACACCGCAGCCGGGAAGGGAGAGCUGGUGGGGUUCUCGUUCAGCAUUGCCUCUGACUAAGUCAUCCCCAGAGAGCAGAGAAGCAUAUGAGAACAGUAUGCCCCACAUAACGUCAGUGCACAGGAUUCAUGGGAGAGGACACUGGGAUGAGGACAGUGUUGUUAGCUCACCUGAUCCUGGCUCUGCCAGUGAAUCAGGUGACCGAUACCGUGCUGAGCAAUAUCAAAGCAGUCCACACGAACCUAGCAAAAUUGAAACUCUUAUAAGAGCCACCCAGCAAAUGAUUAAAGAGGAAGAAAACAGACUACAACUUCGGAAAACGACUCCUGAUCCACUGAUCUCCAUUAAUGGCACAGGGAAGAAGCAUGCUAUCUGUUUUGCAAAUUACCCUCAGCAGCAGUUGGCAGGGGAUGUCUGCCGCGUCCCGAUGGUUGCCAACACUCCUCCCUGUGAACACAUCCAGCAACGAGAUGGAAAGAUCAUGAGCCCACAUGAAAAUGACUAUGACAACAGCCCCACAACAUUGUCUAGGAUAAGCAGCCCUAAUUCUGACAGAAUAUCAAAAUCUAGUUUGGUACUAGCAAAAGACUACCUGCAUUCAGAUGUGUCUCCUCAUCAAACCCCAGGGGAUCACCCAGCAGCCUCUCCAAAUUAUUACAGCUCCCACAGGCAGUACUUUGAUAAGCAUUCUUACACAUUAACUGGAUAUGCCCUGGAGCAUCUAUAUGACACUGAAACCAUUAGAAACUAUUCACUAGGCUGUAAUGGAUCACACUUUGAUGUGACUUCUCACUUAAGGAUGCAGCAAGAUCCAGCACAAGGACACAAGGGAACAUCUGUUAUAAUAACCAAUGGAAGCUGACACUUUUUUUCUAAAAACUUCUGUGCUUUAAAAAGUAACCUUUGAGAUCUAAUUGGAAGAUAUUAUAUGUUUUCAUGCCCUUGUCGUUACCAGCAUUUGAUAUAACACAGUGCACUACAAAGAAUAAUCUAAGGUUUGAGGGGCUAAAUUAGUUAACACACAUUACUUUUUAAAAAUAAAAAUGCAUUGGCAUGCAGGUUAGAGUGAGUGGAGCUAAACUCAACGUUGGUGCCAUGCAAGAUGAGAAGGAUGGAAA